UGAUGUGCGCAUGCUCAGUUCUUGAGAGACAGUGUGAUUUUCCAGCACAAAAGGCAGACGAGGGAGGUUGGUUGCUUGACGGCUUUGCGGUGACUAGCGGUCUUUGGUGUUUCUGUUUCUGCUGGAGGUUACCCGCAGAGGUAAAAAGGAGGCUGAAAGAAGGCGGGAAGGCUAAGGUUGAGGACCUAUUUGCAGCGUUCAGCAGCGUUUUUGGCUAACCUGUCAGGGUGUGGCUGCGUGGGUAAGACAGGCACCAGGUUGUGUGAAAACCAAGGAGAGAGAGAGAGAGCCACGCAGGAUUUUCCAAGGGAGAGGACACAGCAUGUCGGGGAAGGCACGGGAAGAAGCCACGAUCGACAGGGGCGUUCUCCUCAAGGGAAUCCCGUUUGAGGCAAAGAUCAACGACAUCGUCAUGUUUUUCAAGUCUGUGGCGAUAGACAAGGACAACAUUCACAUCAUAAGGUCGAUGGACGGUUCGGCGACCGGGCUAGCGUUUGUGCGGCUGGACGAUGAGGAGGAACUAAAGAGGGCACUGCUGAUGGAUCGAAACCACAUGGGCUCCAGAUACAUAGAGGUUAGGGCGUCAGACGAGUCAGAGUUGUACUACCUCAUGCUGCGUGCGAGGGCCGGCAUGACGCGCAACGAGCUGUACAGGAUCAGUGGCCACGGUGCCCAGAAGCAGCACCCCAUCUAUAGCGGUCUGGACACGAAAUUUGCCUACAUUGCAGGAGUCCCCCAAGGUAGCCAGUACAAGGAGAUCAGGAACUUUUUCGCCGGUCGGCUCAUCGGACGAGGCAAGAUAUGGCUCCUGCGCGAGGGUAACAGUGGGCAGUUUCGCGGCGACGGCUACAUCGAGUUUGCCAACCCGGACGAGUGUCUCCUGGGGCUCAAGAACUCGGGGAAGAUGAUGCAUAACUCGGUGAUUCGCGUUGAGCCGUGCGAGAUGGAGGAGGCGGAGGAAUACAGCGAGGGGAACCUUGGGAGUGGGGCCGGGGCAAGGGACGUGGACUACCGACAGAGCCGCGGGGGGUACGACAGUGGGAGCUGGGACUCGGCUGGUCGGGGGAGGCAAGAUCGCGAGGUCAACAACCACGGCUCGAGCGACAGGUAUGUCUCGCGCAGCCACAGGCGAACUCCGUCCCCGGCCCGAAGACGCCGGGAAGUGUACACUGCUACGUACGGUAACAACACCCUCCGGAGGGAGGACCUGUAUGGUGAACCAAUACUGGACGGAGGGGCACCCUAUGAUCCACUUGCCCAUCCAAAUGGGAGCUCGCACUACGCCUCUGCUUCUAGCCAGUCGACUAACUACGGCGGUACUUUUGGGGGAAAUGGAGGCGGCAUUAGUCAGCGUCAGCCCAGUGACUCGGUGAGUAGCUACAGAAGCGGGGGGCAGGGCAUCGAUAGUUACAUGAGCUCGGUGUAUGGUGGACACGCGACUCUCGCCCGCCAGCCGGAGAAGAAGUACUCCCCGCUGUUCCCUGAAAGUCUCUCGCCGGCGGCUGGCAGUCGACCGCUCAUGUCCCUCAUGGGAGGUGGUGGUGGAAGUGUCGGCGCCACUGAAAGGAGAGUUGUGCGAGUCGAAGGCUUGCCCUAUCACGUCACCGUGCCCUCAGAUUCUUGAUUUCUUCCGUGGGUAUGACGUGGGCUACGAUCAAGUGAGGAUCCAGUGUCGGGACGAUGGGAGUCUAGCGGGAAGGCCUUUGUCUCCUUCCCUUCAGAACGCCAUGCCCGACUGGCAUCCGAGCAGCUCAACAAGCGCUACAUCGGCGACCGCUACGUUGAACUCUUCCUGGUCUAGUGUUAGUUAAUAGCUAUUGUGAAAUUUACUGACUUACGCUCUCUACCUAUACGCCCUGCCUUUUCGCUCAAUAGUAUUUCUAUAUACAGUGACAGUUUAUCUCUUGUGCAGAACUUUGUAUAUAUGAUACGUAAUGCUGUGAAACUGAAAUAUAA